UCUCUUUCCCCCCUUCCUCUGUCUCUGAAGCGUAAAAACCAAAGGACUCUUAUCUCCCAUUCAGUCUCCUCUGUAUGUGGCUGAGGGAUACUCUCACAUUUUUAAGCCUCUCUUUCUCCCACAGUUCAAAUUUCUUUGUCAAUUUUUAACUAAUUUUGCAUCUCUACUUUCUCAAGGAUGAAUUUUUGACUGAAAAACCAGGAUUAUUUUUGGUGUUUCCUGAUUCUUUAGGAGGCGGCAUCUUUUACUGAAGUCAUCUUUGUUCUUGUGCUCACAGCUGCUGAGUGUACAGUGGCUGCUAGUGGGGAAAUAGGUUAGUGUGCCUGUGUGUGCCCGGGCAGCAGAGGUGAUUGAAUGUUGAGUGCACGGAGGAGACGAAGAGGAGGGGGAUGCCUUCCUGGCGGUAGCACUCUGUAGCCCUGCAACAAUUUGGGGAGAAGGUGACUGGGGAUGCUUCCGGUGAACUCCGACCUUUAGUCAAACUGUCAGCGACGAAGAAAAAGACAAAGGAAAAAGCAACUGACACAACAAAUACAGACAUUUGUUCCAUUUUAUUUUUAGCCGCGGAGCAGGGCUGACCUGUGUGUCCGCUGCGUGUGGACACCAUGGACAUCAACCUUCAGUCGCACCGAUUUUACUUCCCCCAGAUCUACUGUGCUGAACCGGGGGCACAGCCGCAGCUCACUGAGUUUAAAGUCAGUGAGCAGAGUAUCUGCCAGGCGCGGGCCUCGGUCAUGGUCUACGAUGACACCAGUAAGAAGUGGGUGCCCAUCAAGCCCGGACAGCAGGGAUUCAGCCGCAUCAACAUCUACCACAACACUGCCAACAACACGUUCAGAGUGGUGGGCGUCAAACUGCAGGACCAGCAGGUAGUCAUUAACUACUCCAUAGUGAAGGGCCUCAAGUACAACCAGGCCACGCCGACCUUCCACCAGUGGCGGGACGCCAGGCAGGUCUAUGGCCUCAACUUCGCCAGCAAGGAGGAGGCCACCACCUUCUCCAACGCCAUGCUCUUCGCCCUCAACGUCCUCAGCGCUCAGGAUGGAGGUCCAGCUGUCCAGCGCCAAGUCCAGAAUGGACCGACUUCAGAUGAGAUAGAAGCUCAGAGAGCGAGGCAGAUGAUGGAGCAGCAGCAGCAGAUGCAGGCACACAUGGAGCGGGAGCGACGGUCCUCCAACUCAGGUUCUCCUUUCCAAGGCCACCCUGCCGUGCUCUCUGUGGCCCCACCAGUAGUACCUCCCCCAAUGAACAUGGGUGGCCCUCCUCCCCCUCCGCCACCGCCGGGACCUCCGCCACCCUCAGCAGGGGCACCCCAACCUCCUCUCCCGCCGCCGCUACCCAUGGGUGGAGGGAGUCACGCGGAUGAGCCCCCCGCACCAACAGGACUCGCCGCUAUGAUCGCUGGAGCCAAACUGCGCCGUGUUCAAAGACCUGAGGACAGCUCUUCAAGCGCCAAAAACGAUGCCAACCGAACAAGCGGAGGCAGCGGGGGACUGAUGGAGGAGAUGAACGCUCUGUUGGCACGAAGAAGGAAAGCAGCAUCAGAGAAGCCAGACGACAGCCAAAAUGACGACCCAAAUUCUCCGUCACCCAGCACCCGGGGAGGACAGAAUGCCACAGAUGGUGCAAAGAAGCCGUGGGACCGAGCUAACUCUGCAGACAGGUCAAUGGUUUCAAGGGUACGACCUGUGGGGAGCGGCAGUGACACAGACUCGUUAGACCUCGAUAGAAUGAAACAGGAAAUCUUGGAAGAGGUGUUCCGUGAAUUGCACAAAGUGAAGGAUGAAAUCAUUGAUGCCAUUAGACAUGAACUCAGUCGAGUUAGCACGACAUAAUCUUUCAGAGCCACUCCUCGACAUGAACCACCUUUUUGAACCAUUGCCCCUGCAGCAGCUGCUGUGGCCCUGAAGAGGAGGAGAAGGAGGAGGAAGAGAGGUCAGGAACGGAGGCCCAAACUGUGACAUCAACUCAUCCUGUUCAGCUGUGGUGUUGAAGCAAUGCAGCAACGUUGAUCUAACACCUCAGACAUGUCUGUGUAACAUUUGGUUUGUUUGUGUGGGGACAAAGAUGUGAAUGGGGCACACUUCUCGCACUGAUUACUCUGAUUUCUUAACAUUUCCUGUCUGUUUGUUAGCCCAGUUCGCCCCUCUGUCCUCGGCCUAAAGGAAAAUGGAUAAAAUUCAUAUGAUUUUAUUUGUUUUGCUUUUUUCACAGGUUUGUUUUAAACAUUUUUUUAUUAUUACUAUCAUUUUCAUUAUUACUACUAUCAUUUUUAUGAUUGUCAAUGUAAUGUUAAUAUGAAUAGUAGUAGUGUAGUGAGUACAAUGGUAAUAAUGAGGAAAUGAUAAUGAGAAUAUGAUAGUAAGGAUAAUGUUGGUAAUUAUUAUUGCACAUUAUUUUAUGUCAGCCUUUUGUAUUUUAUAUUGGUUCUUUUCAUUUGGUUUCAUUUUAGAUACACU